CGUUCGUCUGCCUUAUUAAUAAGGAGAGGGCUGACUGCUUUCGUCCAGAUUCCCGGGAAACCUCCUGACAUUCAGUCCUACAAUCGCGUCUGGCUCGCUCUGGUUUUGCUGUUGCUCAUAGCUCAAUAUAAAGAAGAAGAAAAUUAACGCUUACCAAAUUUGAGUACAGUCGGAAAAUGGCGAACGAUAAACGAGAUGAAAACUCGUCUACUACUAAUUGCAAUUUCCCCAGUCUGAUUCGAGCCGUUUUGGCAGAGUUCAUUGGCACUUUUAUCCUCGUCACUAUUGGAAGUGGCAGCGUAGCUCAAUCGCAAUUGACGAAUGGCAAGAAAGGCGAUUACUUUACCAUCAACUGGGGAUGGGCUUUAGGUUGCUCGUUAGGAAUCCUAGUGUCGGCCAAAGCGUCAGGUGGUCACUUGAAUCCGGCCGUGACGAUGGCCCUGGCCGUGGCCAAAGAUUUCCCCUGGAAGAGGCUUCCUGCCUAUUGGUUAGCGCAGUACUCUGGAGCUCUGGUCGCUUCCGGCACCGUUCUAGGCAUCUACUACGAAGCCAUAGCUAUUAGGAAAACCAACGGCGAGUUUCGAAUCAAUUCCAAUUCAUCCGAACCGGAACCGGGUUCGGCAGCCAUUUUCGCUAAUUAUCCCACCCCUUAUUCAUCUGUUGUUACCGGCCUAAUGGAAGAGAUUUUAUCGACCAUGAUCUUCAUGCUGAUCAUUUGCGUCGUGACCAACUCCAAAUAUUCCAAAGUGCCCAAUUUCUUGCAGCCGCUCUACAUCGGUUUCACCUUGUUGGCCAUCGGCGUCGCCUACGGAUCUAACGGAGGCUACGCUCUUAACCCGGCUCGUGAUUUGGCUCCUCGUUUAGUCACGUAUUUCGGAGGAUGGGGAUCUCGCGUAUUUAGCUUCCGCGGCUACAAUUGGUUUUGGAUUUUCCUGGUCGGGCCACAUGUGGGAGCCCUUCUCGGCGUCGGCAUUUUUCAUUCCGUUUUCUUGCGAUUGGAACGACCAGCGGUCGGAACAGAUGGAACGGAUUCGCAACUGCCGAUGGUGGACUACGAAUACGCAAUGACCAACGUAUCCGAUAACAAAUCAAACGUCAUCAAAGUGACGAGGAGGCAAAGCCACGAAGAAUACAUUGGAUGCAGCAUAGUCACGCCAAUGUGAAGCAACAACACGACAUACAUCGUUGAAGCUCAUAUACAAGGCCUUAGUAUUUCUUAGGUAAAAGCUGACGGAACAAACUACUCUAGACCUUCGUCAAUAGUUUGUGUUUAGAUUGACACCGAGCAAUUCUCGAUAUUCAAAAGAUUUGUGUGUGUUUGCCAACAUUCUUGUCACGCGCCUUAUCCAUUUUGAGGCUUUUUUGAGAAUGAAAGGCUUCGGAUAUGUGACUGCUGUGCCAACCGGGUGCAGUGUCAGAAUUCGUUGCCGCAGUAGCGUCAUCAUGGGAAAGUAUUUCUACUGCUUGUAAAGUACCUAAUAUUUAAUAUGAUUCAAUGAUAUUCAUUGGAUUUUUGCUCGUUCAAUCAUGUGCUGCUUAAUGUACCUUUAGUCUUGCAUGUGUGAGCCAGUUCAGUAUCAAAAUACUUAAGAUGCGUAACUAGUGAGACUCGUUCUCUUCGGUAGUCGUAGUAUCCAAGUUGCAAAUUCGUGAUAUGAAUGUGCCACGUACAAUCAACGUAAUGAGCAAUCAACUAAUGACAUGUAGAUGAAAA